GUGUCACGUUUCUAGCAAUAACUAUUAGAACCAUGGAUAAGCCAGGACAAGCAAUAACCAUGGCUAAGCUGAAACCAUGGCUUUUAAGAGCCAAGUCGAGCCGUUCAAGCCAAUCCAAUGAAGUACCACGAAAUGCAUCAAGUUCUUCAACAGAUGAAGAAGACGAUGGACUUUUACAAGAAGUUGAUAGACUUUUAAGUGAAUAUAGUAUUAAUGAAUCUGAAAAUUUGGAUGAUGAAAAUAGUAUAAAUUACGAUGAUGUAGAUUUCAUGGAGGAUGAUGUAGAUAAAUUACUCGAAGAAAUGCAAUGA